AUGCCUAAAGUCUCAGCACAGCAGGGGUGGUGGGCCGAGCAUGUUAGGGAUCACCCAGACAGACACAGCGGCGGGCCAAGCACCGAUAAUGCAAAGAUAUUGGGGACAAGCAUGAAGUGGAAAGUAUACUGCAAGGGAUGCUGGGACAAGCACAAAAGUGAUUUACAGGUUUGGAGGGACAAUGCACAGAGAGCAGGUUUACCAAUAGAUGUCCCAGAGAUGGAUGAGGGAAUUGAUGCUUAUCUUUGGAGUCUCAAGGCGGGCAAGGGAGCAGGAGAUUAUGGGUACCGAUCUUCAGCCGCCUCAACUGUGCUUAAUCAUCUUGCAAAUUGCCCCUGGGUUGGACCAGAGAUUAGAAAGCUUGCGCGAGAAGACUCUUCUUGCACCCUUGUUGAAUUUCGGGCAGAUCGCAAGCACACACGUGCUGGGUGGACCUCCCAUCCUGAUGCCUCAUUGGGUCAAGGUCCCUCAUCCUCGAGUAUUUGCACUCCCAGCCCUAUCUAUCCUCCUGAGCAAUCAGGACUUCUUCUAUCACGCACAGACAAUUUUGAAAUGCCUCCUGGCACUGCAACCUUGAGUCCCCUCAUCAUGGCAGGACUAAACAUGCCAGGAAGUGCACCAGAAAGUGGUCAAGGAUCUCCCACAGUUUCUGCUGCUAGUGUAAAUCCCGACGACUCCAUCUCUGCUGUAUUCACUCGUCUAGCACCUCUGUCACGUUUGACUUCACGUGGGCGGUUCACUCCAAGCGGGUAUUCAAGCACGAGUCCGGGAAUCACAGGUGCCGGUGGACAUCCCAAAAGUCAAGUGUGGACAAGAGAACGUCAAGCAUCUUUUGAGAAACGAAUCGCUCGAUUAACGGUAUCUGCAAACCUUCCUCUUUCGUGGGUGGACAACCCCGAAUGGAUUGAGCUCUGCUGCGAUUUCAUACCUGGAGCGCAUUCCCCAUCUCGUAAGGUGCUCACGUCCCGCAUCAUUCCCAAUCUUGUCUUGGAAAUAUGCCAGGCAGCCAAAAUUGAGGUCCAAGGAAAGAAUGUUACUCUUCAGGCUGAUGGUUGGACAGGAGAAAACCACCGUCACCUCAUAGCGUUUAUGAUAACAACAGAAAAGAAGGUGUAUACUGUUCGUGUUCAUGAUGCAUCAACUGAACGAAAGACAGCGGAAAACUUGAAGACAUUGCUUGAUGAAGUUGUGAAAGAACUUGAGCAGGAGUGGCAAACAUCUGUAAUUGCUGUUAACACCCAUGGAUGGCUGUUCUUGACUGUUUUGCCCAUCAAGUAUCGUUGUUACGACCUGUGCUGA